CGGGAACGCUAUGCAAUUCUGCCAAUCCCAACCUUGCACAUGACACCGCUAAGCGACAUGCAUAUGCUGCCCACGGUCUUGUCAAUCCACCGUCCGUCUUCCUCUCGUAGCCCUUCCGUCUUCAAGCGCCAGAAAUCCCUCGUUUUAUUCCUCUGGCUCCUCUGAUAUCUCUCGUGUUUCUUGCUUUCGUCGACCAGUAGCCCUACUUUGUGUUUCAAGAACCCUGCCGCCCGCAUUUUGAACGAACCUCGACUCCAUAUCUCUCACCACUGACGCUGCUCGCCGGCCGACCCUGCGUCAGGAUCUAGGCCAUUGAACGCAAGAUUGUCAUUUCCUCGCUAUCCUGCGCGUCGAGAUUGAUAACGUUGCCCCGGAGCAUCUUGCCAUGGGGUCAUAGACCAUCUUUAACAACGUCCCUACUCACACGUCUUUCUCACUUCCCAAAGUUUUGGUUGCGGCACCGCCUUACCAUCACCACCAACCAUGGUUGUGGUCACGCAAACACAGAAGAAAGGCCCUCCAAAGAGGAAGGCAUUCGAGUCGUGGGCUGCUCCACGAAAGCUGCUAUUUUACUUGAUCUUUCACGGACUACACGUUGGUAUAUUUAUCUUAGGAUGGUACGAACAGGCGUCGAACAGGAAAUUGGCGGCGCUGAAUGGCCUGAAAUUCUCAGUGUGGAUUUCCCGCGGAGCAGGUUUAAACCUCAGCGUGGACGUCCUUCUGAUAUUGCUUCCAAUGUGUCGCAAUAUCCUCAGCGUUCUGCGCAGGAAAGCCCCGUGGGCGCACAUCGAUGAGUCGCAAUGGUUCCAUCGCCAGGUAGCGUAUUCGCUGCUCUUCUGGACAAUCUGUCACACGUCGGCACAUUACGUCAAUUUUUUCAACGUGGAGCGAUCGCAAGUCCGUCCUGAAGCUGCGGUGCAGAUCCAUUAUACUCAAGCUGGUGGGAUUACCGGCCACAUCAUGCUCCUCUGCAUGCUUCUCAUGUAUACAACCGCCCAUGCGCGCAUUCGAAAGCAGUCUUACGAAACCUUUUGGUACACGCAUCACUUGUUCAUCCCGUUUCUGCUCGGAAUGUACACCCAUGCCACGGGUUGCUUUGUGCGCGAUUCUGUAGCUCCAUACUCACCAUUCGCUGGUAAACCUUUCUGGGAGCAUUGCAUUGGAUACGAGGGCUGGAGAUGGGAGCUAAUUAGUGGCGGCCUUUAUCUCAUGGAACGUCUAUAUCGUGAGAUUCGAGCAAGGCGUGAGACACGUAUUCUGCGUGUGAUUCGCCAUCCAUUUGACACAAUGGAGAUACAAUUCGCAAAACCAAGCAUGAGGCCAAAGCCUGGGCAGUACCUCUUCCUUAACUGCCCAGAAGUCUCAAAAUUCCAGUGGCAUCCAUUCACGAUCACGUCAUGUCCGUACGACACAUAUAUUAGUGUCCAUGUGCGACAGGUCGGCGACUUCACAAAAGAACUCGGUAACGCGUUGGGAGCAGGUCCAAUGCAGAAGGCUUUCUACGACGAAAUUGAUCCGAUGGGCAUCUAUGAAAUCGAUCAAGCAAUCAUCCACGAGAUGCCGCCAAUUCGGAUAGACGGGCCAUAUGGUGCACCCGCCGAAGAUGUUCUGGAUAACGACGUCGCAGUUCUUAUUGGUACUGGCAUUGGCGUCACGCCUUUCGCAAGCGUUCUCAAAACUCUUUGGCAUCACAGGACGAACGGGACAGUGCCGACCAAGUUAAGACGGGUUGAGUUCUUCUGGAUUUGUCGAGACACGAGCUCAUUUGCUUGGUUCCAAGCAUUGCUUGUUUCCCUCGAAACGCAGUCGCUCGAGGCUUCCGAAGGAAUGGGAGACGACUUUUUGCGCAUACACACUUAUCUUACCAAGAACAACGAUAUGGACACAGUAAACAACAUCGUCCUAAACUCUGUCGGCACAGAAAAGGACCCGCUCACGGAGCUGCGAAGCCGUACAAACUAUGGCCGCCCGAACUGGACCAAGCUUUUCGUCGGCUUGCGCAACGGCAUCCUUGAAGAGACUUACAUGCCAGACCUGGACGUCAGCCGCAAGACCCAAGUCGGUGUUUACUUCUGCGGUCCAUCGGACGCGGCGAGAAGUAUCAAAGCUGCAACGAAGACGGCCAAUCACAAACAAGUUCCUUUCAAAUUCUGGAAGGAACAUUUCUAGACAAGUACCAUAUCCUAUUCAUAAACGUGGAUGGACUUCGCGUGCCCUUGUAUUAACACAGCGGAAGUACGACGACUUUGCUUUGGCUCAUCAUUUUUGGCAUCUAUUCCAGGCAGGAAAUGACUGUCUUUUACGAUAUCUACGUUUCUUGCUGUCGAACUGCAUCGUGAUAGCCCGUUGUUGAACUCAAAUACCCCAAUUCUUUCUGUAUGAUACGCAUUGCUUUUUUUUGGGAACAUCAUUGAUGUUAGGGAGUAGUUGCUUUAGCCACUCUCUUCAUAAUCGAACUUUUAGCAUCCUUCUAU